GCGUGGAGAAGCACAGAUUGGACUUCAGCAGUCAACUUCAGAAACUCCUGUUAACCAGUCCAGGAUGGCAGAGCUAGGAGUGUUUGCUGCAAGGCGACAAGAGGAGACGACGCGAGAAUCCGGAUUUUCCUACACCAACAGCAACAACACCAAAGGUACAGUACAUCCCCGUCAGUGUAGUGCCUGGGUUCGUGACGUCAUUCGGUAGAAGGACUGAAAAUAUAUCCAUGUGUACGUGUGUGUGUGUGUGUGUGUGUGUGUGUGUGUGUGUGUGUGUGUGUGUGUGUGUGUGUGUGUGUGUGUAUAGUGCGUAUGUUGUCGUGUGUGUGUUUGUACGUAAGGCGAAUGAAUGAGGGAGGUACAUAACAUUUAGCAUGAAGUCACCCAGGUGUCUUCACAAGAAAUCUCCCAUCGCCUGCACUACUUUUUCUGUUACCCUCUGCUUUACAGCAGAAAGAGACUGCUAUGGGACUUGGCAUCAGCAGCAUGUGUAGAGGACUGAGGGGGUUCUAAAUACUAUCAUUGUAAAUAGUGUGUAAAUAUAUAUAUAUAUAUAUAUAUAUAUAUAUAUAUAUAUAUAUAUGGUUUUUUCACUUUGUGUAUGGUUUGUGGUGUGUUCUCUUAUGACAUUAGAUCAGUGUUGGCUGCUAACUUGGCCCUUAUCUUAAAUAGUUCACUUCUGUGUUGGGAGGCAUUGGAUCAGCAUUCUUCGUCGCAUCUCCUGUUAGUACCUUUUAUGUAGGGAAGCCAAUGAUCCAUCAUGUAUGAUAUUCCUGGGAGUGUGUACCAUUUGUAUUUAUUUUUUGUUCUUACCUUAGCAUUUUUGUAUGUUCUCUAUAGUUAUGUACUUGAAAAUGUAGCAAUUUACCAAUUCGGCCACUUGGGUACAUUUGGGCAAACUCGUGAGGGACACCUGGGUGACGUCAUACUAAAUGUUAUGUGGCUCCCUCAUUCUUGAAGGUUUCAGUCUGACACUUUGCACUGCUGCCCUCUUGUGGACAACAUCUAAAUGACCUCCGGCUUUCCUAUCUGAACGUAUGGCUUUUCGUUUUCAUGUCAAAGAUAGAAAACGCAUGUCUUUUUUUUUUUUUUUUUUUUUUGUCUUUUACCAGAUCUAUUGUGUUAUGUUCUCCUACAUUCAUUUCGCAUUUACACAAACUUCAAAGUGUUUCCUUUCAAAUAGUAGCAAGAAUAUGCAUAUCAUCGCUUCAGGUCCUGAGCUACAGGCAGUUUUAGGCGGAAAUUGAAAAGAAGGGUCACAUUCUGUUCAACAUAUUGAUUACUGUCCUCAUAUGACUACAUCAAUACAUAAUAAGCCAUUUAGCAGACGCUUUUAUCCAAAGCAACUUACAGUCACGUGUGCAUACAUUUUUACAUACGGGUGGUCACGGGGAUCGAACCCACUACCCUGGCGUUACAAGCGCCGUGCUCUACCAACUGAGCUACAGAGGACCACACAAAUUUCACACAUUUAUAUUCAUUUUACAUUCCGAUAUUAUUUUUUGAUCUCUUCUUCUUUUUCACAGAUCCUUUUGAGGGCCCUAACUACCACAUUGCUCCAAGAUGGGUGUACAAUAUCUCGACACUCUGGAUGCUCUUUGUGGUCGUCGCCUCCGUCUUCACCAAUGGCCUGGUACUGGUGGCCACCGCUAAAUUCAAGAAGCUCCAACACCCGCUCAACUGGAUCUUGGUCAACCUUGCUUUCGCAGACAUUGCUGAGACACUUUUGGCUAGCACCAUCAGCGUUUGCAACCAGAUGUUCGGCUACUUCAUUCUGGGACACCCGAUGUGCGUCUUUGAGGGAUUCACUGUCGCCACUUGCGGUAAGAUGCGUUUUUUUUUAAUGUGGACUACAUAUUUUAUUUCAUAUUUAAGAAGGAAAUUCUACAUUUUCUACACAGUGCUGAGAAAGAGUAAUCGACUGUUGCUAAAGCACCAUAGCAUAGUGACAGUAAAUCAGAAUGUGAUCUUUUUGUCUAAUGUGUGUAUCUCCUGCAGGUAUUGCUGGUCUGUGGUCUUUAGCUGUCAUCUCCUGGGAGAGAUGGGUGGUGGUGUGCAAGCCCUUUGGAAAUGUCAAGUUUGAUGCCAAAUGGGCCAUGGGAGGAAUUAUCUUCUCCUGGGUCUGGUCUGCUUUCUGGUGUGCCCCGCCCAUCUUUGGCUGGAGCAGGUGGGAUUUGUUCUCUUUUUAUGGAAAAAAAAAGUCCAUUGUUCAAAAGGUUUCGUUAUUCAACCCAUCUCUGUAUCUCUCUCCCGUCACCAGGUACUGGCCUCAUGGUCUGAAGACUUCCUGUGGACCUGAUGUGUUCGGAGGUAAUGAGGACCCUGGAGUCCUGUCAUACAUGAUUGUUCUCAUGAUUACAUGCUGCUUCCUGCCCCUGGCAGUGAUCAUCUUCUGCUACAUGUUCGUGUGGCUGGCCAUCCGUGCUGUAAGUGAUAUUUCAAAUAUACUGUACUGUAGCAAGCAACUAUGUCGUUCAAUACAGUAAUGGUCAAGUGUACCGUUUUGAAAAUGCGUAUUAGAGGGUUAGAUCUAACCAUCUGAUACUCCUUCUGAAUGACCACAGGUUGCCGCGCAGCAGAAAGACUCUGAGUCAACACAGAAGGCUGAGAAGGAAGUGUCCAGGAUGGUCGUUGUCAUGAUUUUUGCUUACUGUGUAUGCUGGGGACCUUAUACAGCCUUUGCCUGCUUUGCUGCGGCUAACCCUGGGUAUGCUUUCCACCCUCUGGCUGCCGCUCUGCCUGCCUACUUUGCCAAAAGCGCCACCAUCUGGAAUCCAGUUAUCUAUGUCUUCAUGAACAAACAGGUUGGUGUGUUUGUCUGAUAGCUGUGUAUUUUGACCCAUUAAUAAUAAAGUGGUUAUCAAAGGCCACUCGUGCCUACCUAAAAUGUAGACUUCUAUUUUGAAGCUUCUCUCUUCACGUUCCUUUCUUCUUCUUCUCUCCCCAGUUCCGUACGUGCAUCAUGCAGCUCUUUGGCAAGGCGGAAGACGAUGGCUCGGAAGUGUCUACAUCAAAAACAGAAGUUUCCACCGUGGCACCUGCAUAAAAAAAAAAAAAAACCCAGACAACGUUGUACCUCUUGGAAACAAAUCGUGGACCGUUCUGAGAUUGUCCACAUGGGACUUUUCAAAUGUACAGUACACCCUCUUGUGUUUCUUAAACAAAUCCUUUCGCACAACUUUUCAGGAGAUUAUUAAGCUUUACGUCGUACAGUUGUAAUGUGUUUUAAAAAACAACAUUAGCCACCAAAAUUGAAAGGCUGUGGACCACCCCUUGAAGUUUCUAUAAUCCAUGGUCUUCAAAAUAACCAGAGUCGUGUGGCAAUUGAUAUGCAUACUAUGUAUCUAUUGCAGUGGCACGUUGUGGGAAUAUGUAUAUAUAGUCCUGUCAAUGUCUGUUCAAGUGGGCAAAAAAAGUUGCCAUCUUGGAAGGCAUUCGCUUCACUCUGCAGUGGCUAAACUAGACAGAAUCACAGCUGAGGAGAACUGAAAUUAACUGCCAUUGGAAAUCUGAUCAUCACAAAACUAUGUGAACAAUUUAUGGUUUCAAAAUCCCUUACUUUAUAGGUAACUUAUGAGGUAAACAUUUUGUAGCCCUCUUGCAAAUAAAAAAAAUAAAAAAAAGAAUAAUAUAAAAUAGAUAAUUGUGUAUACAAUGUAUUUAACAAUGUUUUUGUAGCCCUUGCAAAUAAAAAAAAAUAAUGCAUGCAUGAAAUGAGA